GGCAUGAAGGAGCUUGCCCCAAGUCGCGAGCUGCGGAAGGCUGUCGUCCUCCAUGCGCUGCAAGGAGGGCGUAUCGGCGGAGGAGGAGGGGAAUGGACCAGAGACUUGGUGCAGGAUCAAAGGCUUCCUGGACGUCUGUGUGUGGCCAGUGAUGCUAUUGCAAGGAACUGAAGGAGGUGGGUUCAGAGGCGUCCACGGUGUGCAGCAGCUUGUCCAAGGCCCGCCGCGGCUACCUGGAGGAUGCCGUUUCCGGAGAUCAUCGACAUCAGCAACAAAGAUUGGUUGGCUAUAUCUUUCUUCGAGCCGCUGCCUGUUACUGAUUUUGUUGGACAGCUUCAAAACACAGAUAUCCACUCGAGUUCACUCGCAGAUGCUGAACGUGUCAAGUGGUCCCCCCAGGCCCGCCAUUCCGGCAGCUACUGUUCGCCGGACUCCUCCGCUGGUGAUGUCCCCGAUGGCCGGCAUCUUCGCUGGAUUCCGUGGACCAGAGACUUGGUGCAGGAGGCCUCCACGUCAUGGAGGAUCAAAGGUUGAAAGCAUGUCGGAGGAGGUUAUGAAGGGCGAGAACAGGCGUCGGAGUGGAACCGGGAGGAGGAGGUGUGGUGGCGAACACCAUCAGCGACAUCCAAAAGUGCAAUGUGGAGGCGCUCAGGUAGUUGCGAAUGGACUAGUGUACUGAGUGCGAUUGUUUUAGUGUACGGAGCUUCCGUUUGUUCUUGUAGAUUUAAUGAUUGAAUUGGUUCUGUAUUGGUUGGACAAUAGUUCAAAUGGUACCCUAAAUCUUAUUUUCUUUUCAUGUCCCCUAGUGUUGUUUUUUGUUCAUUGACACCAUGAUGUUCUUAUUUGAAGAUUUACAUCUGAUGCACGUUGUUCUGUCAUACUUGAACUUUUGCUUAAACUAUCAUCCCCUUAUUAUUUUGUCGCAUGGAAAUGGUGUAGCAUGAUUCCAGUCUAUGCCUAAGUUGUCGAAUAUUGGAUGCUUAAGUUGUGUACAUGUGCAUUAGCGGCUGUUAUUUUGGAGUC